AAUGGAUAAAUUCCAACAUCGCCGGUAUUCAAUAGAAGUAUUGCCUGUUGAGGAAAACAAAGUUCACAUUCUGGGCAAUUGGAAGGAGACGCCAAUGCCGGUCUAUCAAACUACUAUUCCAAAGAUUGAAACGAUUGCAGCUGACCCGCAAAAAUUUGUCAGUACUGGUAUUAACCCUACAUAUGUAGGUACUAAAGAAUCCAAAUACCACCGCCCGCGUUACUCUGAUGACUUUAAGUCUAUGGCGGUUCAAAGGAUGUUGUCUGGCGAACACGUAAUGGCAAUAUCGAUGGACACAGGUGCUUCCUUGAGCUCCUUAUAUAGAUGGAAAACUGCAGUUGUCGGCAGCAAAAAAUGGAGCAAAUUUAUGAAAGCUAGGAAUAUGUGA